GCGGAUAGCAAUGGCAUGAAUAGAGUGGACAUGAUUCCUUAUUCUACAUGUCAGAGGCAUGGUUGUUUUAUUUUUCUGCGUGUUCUCAACCGUUGUGUACUGCUAAAUUUGCCCCAGUCUCUGUUGAGCAAAGUGAGAGCGCUGGUUUCAUCAGCAGAAACCCGCGAGUCACAAGGUUUCCCAGUGACUGAAAGGGAGGGACGGGCUGCCCAUUGAAUGAAUCCAACGCUGGACAGGAUAUGAGAUAUUUUUUUGCAUGACUAAGCCUACUCUGAGUUUGUUUAGUUUCUGAAUGCCAUUUUGUAGGGAAUCGUCGUCUUCUGCUCCCGAGCGAAAGUUGUAAAACGCGUCAACAUUUUUUACUAUAUGUAUGUUAAUAAUGUUUAAAAAAUAAUUACUCUUGAAUUUUUUUAUUACUUUUGGCGCCACCCAAAGUUUUUUUUAAUGUAUGCAAUGACGUCAUUUGACAGUUUUGGGAGGCUAGCUUCUUGACGGAGGAACAAAGUGAAGCACAGCGGAUGGUUUAUGUGCAACAGCCUACUAAACAAAGUUUUCCCAAUACACCUGCCACGCAACCCCCAACAGUCUUCACCGUGAGACCUAAGAGCACGCCACACUGGCAGCAAUGUCUUACAGUAAAGCAGACGGCUAUCGCACCCAGCCACGGGACUCCAAUACCCUCAUCCAGACAUGCAGCUCCAACAUCCAGAAGAUCACACAGAACACUGCUCAGAUAAAGAGCAUGGUGAAUCAGCUGGGGACGAGGCAAGACACAAGCGAACUGCAGGACCGUCUGCAGCACAUACAGCACUUUACCAACCAGCUGGCCAAGGAGACCAACAAGCACCUGAAAGACCUGGGCUCCGUCUCACUAUCUUCAGCACCUUCAGAGCAGAGGCAACAGAAGAUCCAGAAGGACCGGCUGAUGAAUGAUUUCUCCGCUGCCCUCAACAACUUCCAGGCCAUACAGCGCCAGGCAGCACAGAAGGAGAAGGAGUCUGUGGCCAGAGCCCGAGCUGGUUCCCGUCUCUCUGCUGAAGAUGGUGCCUCUGAGGAACAGCUUGUGUCUUUUGAUAACCAAGAAGAUUGGGGUCAGACAACCACACAGACGACAGAUGAGGCCAUAACAGAAGAGGACUUGGAGCUUAUCAAGGAGAGAGAGACCAACAUCAGACAGCUGGAGUCGGACAUCUUGGAUGUGAACCAGAUCUUCAAGGAUCUAGCAGUGAUGAUCCAUGAUCAGGGAGAGAUGAUUGACAGCAUAGAGGCCAACGUAGAGAGUGCUGAGGUCCACGUAGACCGAGGGACAGAACAGCUCCAGAGAGCCUCCUACUACCAGCAAAAGUCCCGUAAGAAGAUGUGCAUUCUGGCUAUGGUCAUGUCCAUAGUACUGACCAUACUAGGCAUCAUCAUCUGGCAAGCCACCAAAUGAGAAGAGAGACAACCCUCCUCUUUUUCACAUCUUUAUUUAUUUAAUUCCCCCCUCCAACCUGAAACAUCAGCCCGGGAUGGAUCCCCUCCAACC